CUGAGCCGGUGAGCAGUGAGCUCCAGUGUGAGAACUUCAAAAAAAAGAGAGAGAGAGAGAGAGAGAGAGAGAGAGAGAGAGAGAGAGAGAAAAGGCGCUGCCCAUGGUGCUGAAACGCCCCACGGUGUCCCCUCAGUCUGUGAGGGGACGGACACCGACGAGCCUGUGAGCAAGCGUCGCCUUCUUUCUUUCCUCAUGUGAGCCCAGCAGGCGCGAUGGGAAGUCACCAGUUCCAGCCGCCAGACGCGUGAGAAGAAGAAGAAGAAGAAAAAAACAAAAAAACAAAAACACAAAACCAUACGGGACAUGGAAGGACUUGUGGAUUUAAAACCCCCUAAAUGACCGUCUGGACAUCGACAGAAAAAGAAGGAAAAAAAAUGUUUCCCGUCGUUUUUGCCGCGUACUUUACCUGCUCGUCUCUCAAUUGACCGGCUCGAGUCAGCGAUUCGUUCAGUUCAUUUCGUUCAUUCAUGAAAAAGGAUCCCCCCCCCCGCCCCCCAACUCAAUACGUUCAAAGAUGAACUGCUGUGAUUUAGUUGCCCUUCAAGCGUAGGACGUCUGCGUGUUUUGUUUGUGUUUGUUUUUUUGUUUUUUUUUUUAACCCGAAGAAGAGCAGCCACAGACAGACAGACAUGGCUCGCCUGCUUGUUUUGGUCAACUCCGUGGUCCUGUUGCUUUUUGGCAGCGACGUGUUCCUGGUGGGAGCGAACCGGCCACCAGCUCCCGUCAACGUGUCCGUCAUGCACCUGCGGGCCGACUCUGCAACUGUAUCCUGGGAGGUUCCAGAAGGAGACAUAAUAAUCGGCUUCUCCAUCUCGCAACAGAGGCAGGAGGGACACAUGCAGAGAUUCAUUCGUGAGGUCAACACCACCAGCCGGUCGUGUGUUCUCUGGGACCUGGAGGAGGAGACGGACUACAUAAUCCAGGUCCAGUCGAUCGGCCUGUACGGGGAAAGCCAAGCCAGCAAGAAGGUCCAUUUUCGCACCCUCAAGAAGACAGACCGCUUCCCCUCCAAUAGCUCGAAUCAAGAUGACCCCACUGUGCAGGGCCUGGACAAGUCCCGGCAUCUACAAACGGGAGAGAUGAUCAUAAUCGUGGUGGUGUUGGUCAUGUGGGCAGCUGUUAUUGCCCUCUUCUGCCGGCAGUAUGACAUCAUCAAGGACAACGACUCCAGCAACAAUAAGGAGAAGGCCAAGCCGUCGUCCGAGAGGAGCACGCCGGAGCACCACAGCGGAGGGCUGCUGAGGAGCAAGUUUCAUCCUUCUGUGCCGUCCAUCAACAUCAUCGAAGUCUGAGAAGAAGGAACCCUCGACCCGUUAGAAUCCUCUCUCUCUUCCACCAUCGAUGCAUUCCCGACCUUUCUCACUGAUGAGGGGAAAAAGCUGACAGAAAUGUUUCUGUGGGUCAUCAUCAGUGAAUAAAGGUUGGCCAAGGCUGUCUUGCAAAAGACGCACAUGCAUGCACAGAGUAUUUGUUGGGAAACGAUAACCUACAGACACACACACACACACACACACACACACACACCCCAUCUACCACCGUACAGUACGUUAGCUAACAGAAACCUCCUCCUGCAGGUUUGAUAGAACUUAAAGUAAUGUUAACCGACGGUGCAGUUAACACUGAUGUCUUUGCCAGGUGCUUGGUAUGUUAUUGCAAUACAAAACACACAAUAUGACGUAUCAUCUCUGGGAGGCCUGUCUUCGUGACUUUAAACACGCAGUGUAUUUUUGAUAUCGGCAUGUGCGAUUAGACCCCGCGUCCAUCCGCUACGGGCAACUCAGCUUUAAAUAAACCAACAUUCCCCAUCACAUGCAGAGUGAAUAUAUCGUCCGAUCACAUGUGUAUAUUAUCCGGGUAGAUUGUGAAUAUGGAGAGAGCGCGAAUAUAUCCGAGAUCCAUUUGUAAGAGCCACCACAACAACAUGUAAUAUUUUCUAAUUAUUGAGAUGAAAACUUACCAUUUCCUGGUUGGCAUUGUAUUUUUUCAUAUUUCAUGCAUAACAAACAUGAUGUCUGUGCAUAUCUCAUUCAUUUACUAAAAAUGAAGUUGCAUGCAGGUCAAUUCGCCUGUAGAAUAGCGUUUCGAUGUGCAUUCUGAGUUAGGUGCCAUAAACGGAGAAAUAAAACACGACUGCAGUUCUGUGACGCUGUUGAUGUUUCCUUCUAUUUCACCUGCUUUUAGGAACAGGACGCCAUCUUUUAUCAUCCAGUAAAUCUUGUACAUUUUUCCUGACAAUUGUAUUUCCUGAAGUGUAAAAUAAACCUUUUGAAUGUCCCAUUACUACGUUGCAGCUAA